AUUACAAAUCAUCGAAUAUAUUUGUAUGUAUGUAAACGUAUCAUUGUUGCGCUUGAAGUAUUUGUGAAGUAUUACUGUAUAAUAGAUUGCAAGAUAUAUAGAUUUUUCGAAUUUAAUGUGCGAGUGAAUUUCUGCCAGAAACUCGCGAAACAUGACGAGUGCCGUAAUAACAGAUGUACAGCAACCCGAUUAUCCUAAGUAUCGAAAACAACAGGGAGGACUGGAGUUGACGCCAGAGGAGAUAAACGCCUUACGUCAAUGCAUGAAAAACUCGAGUAUCCUCGUACCGUCAAUUGUCUCUGCAGCCUUAGGAUAUGGAAUAUGUAAGAUGACUCCAUUUCGCGCAAAUGCCAAAUAUAUCGCCGUAAUCAGUGGCGUGGUAGGUCUGAUGACAGGUAGAAUAAGCGCUGCCAAAUUUUGUCUGGCAAAAGUUGCUUCCAUGCCGAACAGUACUCUUCGAGACAGAAUGAUAGAAUCGGGUUAUUUUGGAAAUGUUGCUCAUAGAGAGGCAUUAUAUUAUCAAGGUCCUCAACCAGAAGUUCAAAGCCCAGCAGGACCAUCUACAGAGAUAGUAUUCGAUGAUUACCCACCAAUGAAUUCAUAUGAUACGUAUUCCAGUAUCAAUCCAGACAACAAUGAUUUUAACGAGGACGCGGAUUUGUCCGAACCGAUAAAUAUACAAAAAGGGGUCAGUUAUGAAGAAUUGAGGCAUCAAAAUAGAGAUGAGUUCUAUAAGAAACAUAAACAGUGGUAUACUCCUAAAACAAGAGAACUUCCAGAAACAAAAGAGACAAGUGAACAGGUUCCCACAACUAGUAGCCGGUCACCAAUGCAAGAGAAAACUAAAUACGGUGACGUGUGGGGUUGAAGUUUAAUUUCGUUGGAGUAUAGUUUGAUGAUCUCCGUGUAUUAUAUGUAUAUAUACAUAUAUAUAUAUGAAUAUAUAGAUAGCACUGCAAAUGU